AUGGCUAGCUUGCCAGUCAGCGAAAAUAAAUACUUGAGGCACAUUGGGCAGCUAACCACCAACUGUAAUUGCAAAGAAAAUCACAUCAUAUGUCACCACCGCAGUCUCAUUGUCGCCUCUGCCGUUAAAAAGGCCAAGAUAGUCGUGGAGCCGAAGGUUGGACGAUGUAAAUGCCUUGGUUUUGAGUCGACGAUACCCGCACCGCAGCCCGAGACAUAUACUGGACAUCUUGCCGUGCUUCGCAACCCCACUCACGGAGAGUGGAAAUCGAGACCGCACAGGUAUCUCUCACCCACGCUCUGCAAUACCUCACCACAUUAUGUGCAGCGAUUCGUUGAACCCCCAGUUCGGGAAAUGCUUCUCGAGGGAAAAUGGCCGGGGAAACGACAUGAAUUUACUCUGGGAAAGGCCCAGGAGGACGAUAUUAAGGCCAUGCAAGAUAUAGAAGAAUCACUCAGGAAGGAAAAGAUUAAACGUGAAACAAAAAGGAAGAACUCAUAUAAAUUCGAGCACAACAUGGAGAUUCUCAUGAUAAAGAUACUAGAAGUUCGAUGGAAUCGAGAUAAAGAAGAGGAGUCGUGCGAAUACCUUGAAACACUUGUUGGUGUGAAGGAAAGUGAGGAGCAGCAGCGAGAAUUUGAGGAACAGAAGAAGGAAUAUCUAUUGGCACAGGAGAAGUUGAAAAAGAAGAGAGAAGGCUAUGUUCAAAGUGCGCUAAGAAUAUUGAAAGAGGCGUAUGCAGCUGAAGAUCAAAGUUAUAGAUAUGCUGAGUGGGUAGGACAGAAGAAUGAUUUGGUUUUGGGGGACUUGGGGGAUUGUUUGGAGGAGCAGGAUAAGAAGGAGUGGAGGGAUCAGGAGAGGAAAAGGGAGGAAGAGUGGGAGAAACGGAAGAGAGAGGGAGGGGAUGGUGUAAAGAAACAGAAAAAAGAGGGAGCGGAUGGGGAGGUGGCGAAGGAUGUUAAGACUGAGUGGGUUGAUGAAUCGCUGAGUCUUCAUCUUGAUAUUUCUGGUGGUAAGAAAAUCUCUUGA